UCAAGGAUUUUUGGGUGGGCAAGUACUUAUUGAAUCCUCCAUAAAGUGAUUUAGAAAUGUCAACUGCAGCUUCCAGAAGGCUUAUUACCUUGGGCUAACUUCUUCGAAUUUGCUUGUGUUGCUUUGAUAAUUUAUCAGCUCUUGGUUGAUGUAAUUUAUCUCCCACUUGAAACCUGUCAUAUGUUGUCAUCAGUACUCUUUUGCACCUAGAACCAGGAAAAAGCUACUACAGUUGAUUUGAUCUUUGCUAGCUGUUUCUUUUUUUUUCCUUGUACUCUCUUUGUCCGGUGUGCAUAAGGCUAAAAUUUACGGCAAGGUAUUAACUAGGAUGGAUGUAUGGCUAGGCAGAGUCUUUUCAUUAGGCUUAUUUUGUUAUUCAAUGAACAGAUGCACUACUUGCAGAGGGCAUUGCAUUUCUUCACAUCUCACUUGGACAUACCUAAUUUGAGCCUAUUGUAGGUUGAAGAUUGGAAGGUGAUGAUUGGACCCUUGAUAGAUAAGCUUUUUGCUGAGCCAUCAAAUGCAGUAAUAGUCAGGUUCUUGAGUUUCAUAAGCGAGCACUUGGCAAGUGCAGCAGAUUUUGUCUUUCAACAGAUUAUUUCUUACACAAGAAGGCAGAAGGACAGCCUUGAUGAGGGUGCACAUCCAAACUAUGAUGCUGCAGAACGGCAGCUCGAUCUUUUUAAUCGUCUCUGCCCAUUUCUCAUAGUGAGGUUGCUUCCCUUACGAGUAUUCGACGAUCUCAACUCAUAUGCUUUCUAUGAUGAACUUCCAACCAAACUGGCUACACAUGAUGAUGAAUGCUUGGGAACUCAAAGCACUGAAUGUGUGGCUGGACUUCUGAUCAACAGGGCAUUGAGCAACUCUGAAUAUGAUGAUGUUCGAAGACUUGCAGCUGAGCUGUGUGGGAGAAUUCACCCAAAGGUUCUCAUUCCAAUAAUGUCAUAUCAGCUGAAAAAUGCCUCUAAUUCCAAAGAUUUACUGAAGAUAAAAGCUUGUCUAUUUUCAACUUGCACAUCUCUCUUGGUAAGAGGCACAGAUGCAUAUGCGCAUCCUGACGUUUUGCAGAUAAGGAAGGCAAUAGAGACUGUCUUAUUAUGGCCUUCAGUGGAUGGGGAUGAUAUUUCAAAGGCACAACAUGGUUGCAUUGACUGUCUAGCAUUGAUGCUGUGCACUGAAUUGCAAGCCUCAAAAGCUGUCAAGAACUCAACAUCGAGUGAGGCUUGUUUUGAGCAGAGCAUUGUCUCUUUAGGGGAUUCUGUCGCAAAAGGCUCAGUCUGCAGUUACGUGAUCCACCAGUUGGCUUGUGAUGAAGAUACCAUUAUUUCGUUGAAGUUGGGUAGAGAUGAGGUGCCAAAAGCCCACCUCUCUUUUCGGUUGUGCAUGGCAAAUGUGCUGAUUAGUGCUUGUCAAAAGGUUCCUCGUGCUAGCAAGAAACCAUUUGUUUCGAAAAUUCUUCCUUGUAUCCUCCAUUCUGUCAAGGAAAUUGCAGAUUCAGAAGUCAGGGCUGCAUGUAUCCAAGUAUUCUUCUCAAUGGUGUACCAUCUAAAGUCUCUAGUUCUUCCUUACUCUUCCGAUCUUCUCAAAGCGUCGAUAAAGUCGCUUAGAGAAGGAUCAGAGAAGGAAAGGAUUGCUGGUGCCAAGUUACUAGCAUCUUUAAUGGCGAGCGAAGAGACGGUUAUACAGAACAUUUCUGGUGGCCUUCUGGAGGCUAGGGCCUUACUUCAAGAUAUAUGCUCUUCAGAUCCUUCGUUGGAUGUACGGAAAAUGUGCCAGAGAUUGCUUUUAUGUUUGACCUCUGUGUAAAAACUUGGUGUUUUUUUUCUGUUUUCUUGCCGCCAUUGUCUCCUCAGUUAUAUACUCUUGACCUCUGUGUAAAAACUUGGUGUUUUUUUUCUGUUUUCUUGCCGCCAUUGUCUCCUCAGUUAUAUACUCUUGACCUCUGUGUAAAAACUUGGUGUUUUUUUUCUGUUUUCUUGCCGCCAUUGUCUCCUCAGUUAUAUACUCUUGACUUGUAAAGUACAGCUACAAAUGUACAGUGAAUUCAAUAGCUUGGGAUACUAUGGUAGUUUCUUCCUAUUUUACCAAAACAAAAUUGUAAACACCAGGUAGGGGUUACUUUGUUUCAACA